AACAUUGAAAAUGUCUCUGAAAUUUGAUUUUACCGGCAAAGUAGUACUGGUUAGCGGUUCGAGUUCGGGUAUCGGUGCGGCCACUGCCGUCCAGUUUGCCAAAUCGGGUGCAAUGGUUGUAGUCACCGGUAGACGAUCGGAUAAACUGGCCGAAGUGGCCAAUCAGUGUACGCUGGUAUCGCCAAAAAAAUUGAAACCAUUGGAAGUGGUCGGAGAUGUUACCAAUAAUGCAGAUAUUAAACGUCUAGUGGAGACAACUGUCCAACAUUUUGGUCGACUGGACGUAUUGGUCAACAAUGCCGGCGGUGCUACUAUGAGUUCAUUGGCUGAUCCAGAAUUUUAUCAGAAAUUUCUAAAUGAAAUGCAAUUGAAUUUGAAUUCAAUGGUAUUACUGACACAUCUAUCGGUCGAUCAUUUGGCCAAAACUCGGGGAAAUAUUGUUAACAUAUCAAGUAUUGCCGGACUCAGAGCCUUUACUACUAAUCCAGCCUAUUGUAUGGCUAAAUGUUCAAUAGAUAUGUUUACCAAAUGUUGUGCCGCGGAAUUGGGACCGAAACAUAUCCGGGUUAAUGUUAUUAAUCCGGGACCAAUAAAAACAUCAGCCUUUACAGCGGUUGGUUUGACUAUUGAACAAAAUGAUGCCAUGUUUGAUAAGAUGGGUAGCGUAACACCGGUAGGCAGGGCUGGACUACCCGAGGAAGUUGCCGAUACUUGCCUAUACCUGGCCAGUGAUCAUUCAAAAUUUGUUACCGGUGCCCAAUUAAUUAUCGAUGGCGGUAUGGUAGCCGCCAAUGCCUUUCCCAUGAGUGCAUUCAAGGACUUAUAA